AUGCUUUCUUCUCACGGCCGAGGCGGCGCUGGCAACAUGGCCGACUCAGCCACCACAGAAAAGACCGACCCCAGCAAGUUCCAAACUCCAGUCCUAAAGGGCUCCGUCGUCACCACCGGCCGUGGUGGUACAGGCAACAUGGCCAAGAACGACGAUCCUCGUGAGACUCGCAAGCGCCAAGACGUUGAAGCUGUGCCUCGUCGUCCUUCUUACGGCACUCAGCACUCUGGCCGAGGCGGCGCUGGAAAUAUCUUCAAGGACAAGGAGGUAGAGCUUACCCGAAAGCCCAGCAACGAAGGUGCCAUCACCGAUGAUGAGGAGCCCCAGUCAGCCACUUCUCCAACUGCUGGCGAGUCAUUGGCUCAGAAGGGCAAGAACUGGCUCUUUGGCAAGAAGGCGUAA